AUGAAGGAACUAUUUGAAAAAAAUAUUUUUAUAAUUUUUUUAUCGUAUGUGGUAAUUUGUGAAGCUAGCUACCACGAGCAAUAUAGAGUUCCGCAUGAAGCGUCAGAUCGUUGGGAAACCUACAUUUUUAACGAUAAGGAGUAUUUAAUACAAAAUUUACCAGUCAAUUGGGAGAGUGCUAAAAUACUGUGUCGUGGACAUCACAAUGGUUCUCUUGCGAUCUUAGACACAAAUGAGAAAGCGGAAUUUUUAGCUGAAGCAUUGUCUGAGUUGCAAUUUUCAAUAGAAUCAGUUUGGGUCGGUGCUAGGCGUGAUUCAGCGGAAGAUCCUGAAGGUUACAGGUGGAGUCAGGGCGUUGAACUUAGGAGAACAGCUAGCGAUGUUUUGCCUAACGAAAAUGAUGAAAUUAACAGACAUUAUCCAAUGUGGCUAAAUCGAACGCACGUUCCAGUACCAGAAGGCGGAGCGGACUGUGUAGCGUUGGAGAGAGUAAAUCACGAUAGACCUGUGUUUCUCGACUUGCCUUGCCAUUUGGAGAGACCCUUUGCUUGUGAAAGAGAUGCUCGAAUCGAAGUCAAAGUCCAGAAUUUGAAGACGGUGCGAUGUCGCACUGGACUCUACCACUUGUACAACGGUAGGAUGGACUGGCACCAGGCGGCCGCUUACUGCAUCUUAAGGAAAAUGACGCUGGCGAAGAUUUCAACAAUGAAAUGUCUCAAGAAACUAGGUUUGACUAUGUUGAAGUCGAGACCAAGCAUAGAAAGUGCAUGGAUAGGCGCUAGAGGUUCGUUGGGGCAAUGGACGUGGACAGACACUGGAGUCAGUAUAUUCAAUACUGGGAUGUUUGGUGACGUCCAAGCUUGGCCUCCGAUGAGAGACAGUUCAACAAUAAAACAAAGCGGUUGUUUACAAAUAGACAGACAUGCAACUCGAUCUCCCGUCUUCUUAGAAGCAAGAUGCGAAAGAAAAUCGCAGUUCAUAUGUUAUGAAGGUAUUCAUACCUUAAUAAUGUCAUUACGAACAUCAACAGCGACACCUAGCGAUGAAAAUUAUUACUAUAUUCUUGUAAAGCAGCGCUUCUAUUGGCAACAUGCUUAUGAAAAUUGUCAAAAAAUGAACGGAUCACUCGCUAGUAUCGAUAAUAAUGACGUUUUAAUACAAUUAUUACUAGCAAUGGGAGAAAAUAAAGAUGAACCUGUUGAACAUAUUUGGAUAUCUGGACGCCUAAAUAUGACUAAAGAUGUUAAUACUGAUGGAAUCGCAUACUUGUGGUACAACCCUAUCAAUAGUAAAAGAAUACCAGAUCCAAAAAGUUUUGGUGACUCUGCCAUAGGAGUUUAUAUGCCGCCUUGGCUCGACAGUGAAUUUUCAAUGGACAGUUCCUGUUUAAAUUUAGACAGGCAGGAUCAUUUAAACGGUUUAAUAUAUGGAUUGCCAUGUGAUACACCACAGUAUUCUGUAUGUAUGGUUGAAAAAUCAACUUCAAAAAUACAACAGACUGAAUAUAGACAACCGGAAACUUCAGAAAAUCAAUAAAACACAUUAUAUCAAGUUAAAUUUUCUACAUUAACUUUUACUUUAUGAACAUUAUAUAUUUAUAAUAAAUGAAAAUAUUUA